AUAUCUAUAGCUUUCAUUUUUGUUUGCCCAUCGUAAACAGCAGGACACUGUUUAGGAAAGAAAACUAAAGUGAAUAUGAAGCUGUCCCAUCACCUGCUCCUUUUUUGUGUACUUCUUUCAUCUCUACACUGUUGUUUGUCACGACCUCAUGACAUCGUAGAUGAUUCAAGCUCAGUCCAAGAAAAGGAUCUUUCCGAAGAAUCGGGAGAUUCGGAGAACUCGGGUGAUUCUGGUGACUAUAGUGACUCUGGCGACUCAGAAGAUUCGGGUGAUUCCGGAGAAUCCGAGGAUUCUGGUGAAGGUCAAGAAAUGAAGCGAAGAAGUUUAUUUGAUUCCGAUGAUAUGGAUGAAUCAGGCGAAUCUGGUGACUCCGGAGACUUCCAAGAAUCAGGUGACGGUAUGCAAGUAAGGAAGCGAAGCCUUAUUAAUUCCGAAGAAUCAGGGGAAUCUGGCGAAUCUGGCGAAUCGGGAGAGUCCGGUGAUUCUGGCGAAUCUGGUGAAUCCGACGAGUCUGGCGAAUCCGGCCAAUCCGGUGAAUCCGGUGAAUCCGGUGAAUCCGAUGAAUCCGGUGAAUCCGGUGAGUCUGGUGAAUCUGGUGAGUCUGGUGAAUCCGGUGAGUCUGGUGAAUCUGGAGAGUCUGGUGAAUCAGCAGACGAGGAAGAUUAAGCCGAUGCGAGUCGAAGGGAUCAUGAUCAACCAAUUCAAAAGACAACCAGAUUUUGUCUGUAGCAUUUAACACCGCUACUCCGGAUAAAAAGAAAACAUCAUCCAAAUGGAGUCACGAAAUUAAUUGUUUUUAAUUAGCACUGGGAACAAAGUAUUUUUAUAACUUUAUAAAGGGUAGUAAAAUUAAGAUAGUUUUUUUUAACUUGUUGGCCAAAACAUUAUUGUGAAGGCUUAUUUCCAGGAAGCUGCAAGUCAUACCGAAUGACCUUCACUAUGAAGUCCACAACAGUUCAUAUGUUUUAGCGUAAAGUUUAAUAUGGUGUGCGAUCGAACUUCAGCUUCUUGCCGGACAUUUUAAACUUGCAGAAUCAUGUUUACGGUUCAUAUUUAAAUUGCGUUCAGUUAAUUUAGGAAAGUUUGUAACGUGUUUUUAUUUAAAACUGACGGCCAAAAAGUAUUUCAAUAGCUGGGUAAGCUCAAUAAAAAGAUAAUUUGCCAGCGGA